AUGCUCUUUCCCAAAAACUGCCUUGUCAGUUCCAUUGAGCAUUUUGCACUCUGUCAUAUCUUCUGCCUUCUUAAUUCUUGUCUUUUUAUUGUUCUCUCUCACUCUCCUCAUUUUCUUUUCUUUUUUCCCUUCUUUUCUUUUUUCCCUUCUUUUCUUUUUUUUAUUUUUUUCUUUUUUUCCUUUUCAUUUUUUUUUCUUUUUCUUUUUUUAAAUUCUUUUUCUUUUUUUUCCAUUCUUUUCUUUUUUCCAUUCUUUUUUUUUUUUUUUUCAUUCUUUUCUUUUUUUACUUUUUUUUCUUCUUUUUCUUUUUCCUUUGGGAUCUCAAAAUUUUCCUUUUCUUUUUCAAACAGAAAAAAAUUUUUUCCUUUUCUUUUUCCUUUUCUUUUUUUCCUUUUUCUUUUUUCCUUUUCAAAACCUUUUCUUUUCUUUUUUUCCUUUUACUUUUUUUGUAACUUUUUUUCUUCUUUCUUAAAAUUUUGUUAUCCUCUUCUUUCUUUUUUUUUUUUCCUUUCUUUCUUUUUUUUUUUUUCUCUUCUUUCUCUUUUCUUUAUCCUAUGUAAAACCUUUUUUCUACCUCUUCUUUCUCCCUUUUUCUUUCUCCUUUUUCUUUUUUUAACAUCUUUUUUUCCUCUUCUUUUUUCCCUUCUUUUCUUCAAAUUUAUUUCUCCUCCAGAAUUUUCCUUUCUCAUCUUCUUUUUAAUUCUUCCUUUUCUUUUCCCUUCUCCUUUUUUUUUCGGUUCUAGGCCUCAAAUUUGA